AUGGCGUCCGACACGCAAGGAAGCGAACAGGAUCAGGCGCUGAAGCGCUAUGUGGCAAAGGUGCAGGAGCACCGUGAAUUCGAGUCGCGCGUCAAGAAGCUCCGAGACACAGUGAAGAAGAACAGUGUGGACUACGACAAGUCCGAGGACCACUUGAAAGCAUUGCAGAGCGUCGGGCAGAUCAUUGGCGAGGUGCUCCGUCAGUUGGAUGCCGAACGCUUCAUCGUGAAAGCCUCCAGCGGCCCGCGCUAUGUUGUCACGUGCAAGGUCAAGCUGGACAAGACCAAGCUCGUUUCAGGAAGCCGCGUCUCCUUGGACAUGACUACGCUGACCAUCAUGCGCUUGCUUCCAAGAGAAGUCGAUCCGAUGGUCUUCAGCAUGUUGCAUGAGGACCCGGGGCGAAUCUCCUACAGUGAUGUGGGCGGCCUCACUGAGCAGAUCAGGCAGAUGCGAGAGGUCAUCGAGCUGCCGCUGACCAAUCCAGAGCUCUUCAAGCGGGUGGGCAUCAAGUCUCCGAAAGGCGUGCUGCUUUAUGGCCCGCCGGGAACCGGAAAGACGCUCCUGGCACGGGCUAUGGCGCACAACAUGACGGCCAGUUUCAUCAAGGUGGUAGCGUCCGCCAUUGUGGACAAGUACAUUGGAGAGUCGGCCCGCAUUAUUCGUGAGAUGUUCGGGUAUGCGAAGGAGCAUCAGCCCUGUAUCAUCUUCAUGGAUGAGAUCGAUGCCAUCGGCGGAAAACGCUUCUCUCAAGGCACUUCAGCCGACAGAGAGAUUCAGCGGACUUUGAUGGAGUUGCUAAAUCAGUUGGACGGCUUCGACGAUCUGGGCCGUGUGAAGAUCAUCAUGGCCACGAAUCGGCCCGAUACCUUAGACCCGGCUUUGCUUCGGCCAGGGCGGUUGGAUCGCAAGAUCGAGAUUCCACUGCCAAACGAGCAGGCCAGGAUCGAGGUGCUAAAGAUCCAUGCCAAUCCAAUCACCAAGCACGGGGACAUCGACUACGAAGCCAUUUGCAAGCUGACGGACAACUUCAACAAUGCGGACAUGCGCAACAUCUGCACCGAGGCUGGAAUGUUUGCCAUCCGCGCUGAAAGGGACUACGUUGUGGAGGAAGACUUCAUGAAGGCCGCGAGAAAGAUCGCAGACAACAAGAAGCUCGAAGGCAAGCUCGACUAUGAGAAGGUCUAG